AUGCAACCCACAAGACCCACGACGAGGGCGCCGGGGAGCUUCUCGUCCCUGCCGACAAACUCCUCGGCGCCGCAGCCUGGUGCAGAACAACGCCCGAGACAGAAGCGCCUCGAGUCGACGAGCAGCGACGAUUUGGCGCCGUUGAACGUGGUCAAGGCCCGUAACUUUGCGGCUGCACAGCAUGCAGCCCAACAGGCCGCGCCACCGCCAACACCCCCGACCCCGAUCUACACUGGCUUUACGCACAGCAGCAGCAGCAACAACAAUAGCAACAGCUCUAGCGCCAACAACUUGCAGAACUUCUCGCGCCCGACGCUGUCGACUGCCGUCUCUGCGGCACGGUCCGUGUCCGGCGCCCACUCGCCUAGCGACGCCCUCCCGGGACGCAACGGACCCUCCCCCCUAACCCUCCCCCCCACCAUCGCUACCUCGCCUGCCUCGUCGACAUUCUCCGGGAGGGGCCAUUCGCGCAAGCAUUCGCAGAGCGCCGGCUUGUUUGAGCCCACCCUGCCGUCGACAAGCACAUCCAACCUCUCCCAGGUCGGCUUGGUCCAACCUUCACCCAAGCUCAGCCCAGCGCCCCAUCGAGAGAUGUCGGCCAGCCAGAUCGCUGCGCAGGCGGCCCAGCAGCAGCAGCAGCAGCAGCAGCAGCAACACCACCAACAGCAUGCUCGCCAGCGGUCACAAACGGUGCCGAUGCCGGGCGCCGACUUCGAGUUGCCCAUGGGUAUCAAACGAGGAAGUGGCGGACCGUUAAAUCCCCCCAUGCUAAGCUUGACCGAGGCGAGCGGACCUAGGGACAAUGCUUUUGGGAGCCAGAGCUAUCGCAAUGGGCUGCUAGGUAGCCACAGUCUUGCGGCAACGACGGCGGCGAAUGUCGUCUUCCCGAGGUCAGGUCAAUCUUCGCCAGCUCUAUCAACACAAACAGCGCCACCUGCCCCAUUACCCCCCCCCGCGGCUCCUGAGAGGCCACUGAAGACAGAGAAGUCAAAAGUAAAGCUCUUCUCACGACCAGGGAAGAUCAGUGUCAAGAUGGACCCCAACAAAGAUAAGCCGCUUCCAAGUCCUGGGAAGAUCGGCCAUGCCUUUUCCAAUCUACAGCGCGGCAACUUCAGCACUACUAGCUUAGACUCGAGCGCGCAGUCUUUCUACAGUCUCGCGAACUCAUCCACUGCGACGAUACGGCCCGUGGACGCGCCCGUAGUUGAGAGCAAGGAGAAGGAGAAAAAGCAUCACUUUUUAUCACGCCAGAAGCACAAACUCAAGGAUGACUACCAUCUCCCCCUCUCCUCGGCCAUGAGCAACUCGAGACCAACCGACCCGAGUGCUCCUAGUAGUCUGUACAACUUUAAUCUGCCCCCGAGUCCUGGCCCGAACACCACCAGCUUCAAGAGCAUGUCGGGCCUGGAUCUACGGCAUGGCGGGAGGGCGCUUCGCGAGAAGAAGAAAGAGGACAAGGUGCUGAUAGACGAUUCAGCCUCGAGCUACACCGUGGGUGGCGAAUGGCCCGGCCCUAGCAGCGUUAACUCAGCCUCCGGGGCGCUCUCUUCCGCUCUAUACCUCAACGAGCCGUUUGAGAGCGGCAAGUACGGCCUAAACAGCAUGAGCCACGACGAUGCCUGGCCGUUCUUGAAAGCAAAGCUUCUCGUCGUUUUCGAGGCCGAAGAGAUACGGCUGCCGGUAGAGGACUUGAACCGCAUUGUCACGAUGCAUAUCCAAUUUUGCAUUGCGCGGCGCAGUCCGAAUAUUGUUGUCGAAGAUCUACGAGAGUUGCUAGCGACUGGAUUCUCCAGCCUGGACCAGACCCUUCGCAAGACGGCCGACGACAGGCUGAUCCCCUCCCUCGUGGAGCUGUGGAUCUUUACAUUUACCGGCAUUCUGCCCUAUAUGCAGGCCGUAUUUCUCCCCCUGGACCUCGAGUUCGCCGGAAACGGGCCCUUGAUGAGUCCAGAGCAGGCCCGCGAUUUCUGGGGUGGGAUUCCGGCGCUGAGCUACUCUCCCAUCGAAACCUCUUCUUCUCUAGGCCCUGACCGGGGGGGCUGGAAUCACCCUAUUAACGUCUCGCCCGCUUCGGCUAUCCUAGAAGUGCGUCGCCUAGUGCUCUUAGCCUUUCGCGAUAUCGUUAUCCUCCCUCGCUACGAGACUCUACGAACAAUGUUCUCACGCCUUUCUCUCGAGUUCCUCCCGCAAUCGCUGGCCACCAUGGCUCUGGCCUCGCCGGUUCCCCUGCCUUCGCCCGCAUUCGGCAGCAUGAGCCAUGUCGGGGGCUUGUAUCAGAAUAUGCUCUCCACCUCCCCUACAGGUGAAUCGCAGACGUCGCUCAGCUUUGGCGCCGCCAACAACGCCAUGUCCCUUGACCCCGCGGUUGCCAGCUACAACAGCACCAGCACCACGCUCCUCGGCGACACGGGUAGCGGAAACCGCAGCCGCGCCAUCAGCAACGUUAGCUUUGGUAGCGACAACACCAACAACGCGCGCCCAUUCACCCCCAGCAACCAGAACGUCGAGGACUCCAAGCAAGUUACCGAGAUGGUCGGGCGCAUGUUGCAGUGCAUGAGUGUGCUCGCGUCCGUCGGCGUCGGCGGCCCCGGCGCCGGCACAACGGCCGACGAGGGCGGCCGCAUGGUCGAAGAGCUCAACAAGCUGCUCAAACUCAACUGGCUCGGCCGCGGCCGCACAGGGCGAAACCGCCGCGGUAUCGUCGGCGGCCGCGUCCGCCGCGGAACCGCCGCUACCACGGCGUCCUCUAACCCCGGCCCGCUCUUCGCCAUGUCCUCGCCGCCGGAUGUCCUCAGGGGGGAAGAGAGGCCUUUUGGUUGA